CGGUUUUCACCGUGUUUUGCACACACUCGUGCGCACAUCUACAGUAAACAGAAGUUCUGGUUGAAGCGCCUUAAAGCGUAGACUUUAUGGCCAAGAGACGCGCUGAGAACACGCUGCUGCUCGACUCUCCCGGCAAAAGAAAAUACAGCCGGCCGCUCUGCAGCGUUGACCUGCAGCUGGAGAGCAGCGCGUCUCCGACCGUCGCGGGUGUGAGUCCGCCGUCCCUGCUAGCCUUGCUGGGAAGUCGCUGCAGAAAAAGAUCGCACUUUUUCGAAAACGAGGAGCAGCCCGGAGAAGCAACCUCGCCUCUCAAGAGCUCACUCUGCGUCUCAAAGAAGGCUGCUGCGGAUGUUUUGACGGAACGGGUUUCUGGAAGCUUCCAGGACCGUCGUCAGACCAGCUCCUGCACAGUCACAAACAAGAAGAAACGAGCCCGACAGGACAGCCGGUGUUCAGACACUGUUCUGUCUACAGUUGGUGAUAAAACAGCGGAAGACACUCCUACUGAAGACAGCAUGUACAACUCAUUCCAGUAUUGGAGAGUCCCCUUACCUGAGCUGGACCUCUCACUGCUGGACGAUCCCAGUGAUGAUUCACAAACAAAAACCAACACAGUAGUCUCAUCUUCUGAUGCUAUGGAGACCUGAAGGUGAUAGGCACAGCAAGUCUGGUAUUUGCUACGAUGCUUAUGUUGGUGUCCGAUUGUUGCUUCCGAUUUGGGAAAUGGCUAAAGGGCAGUUUCUCCUACCGGUAAUUAUUCACCACUUUGAGCAUUUUAAAUCUGCACUAUCUUAAAAAUUAAAAUACUUAGACUCUUCAACAGGACUAGAUUAUUCUACACUGAUUUCAGAAUAGUUGAAACCAAGUUUUAGUUUUGUGAAACUUAAGUAAUGGGCCAUAUUCAUACUUUUUUUGCAUUUGGAGCACACUAGUCCUUGUCGAGAUUCAAAACUACAACCUAGACUCUUCAAACCUGGACUACAUUAGUUAUACUAAUAGCAGAAUAUUUAAAACCACGUUUGAGGUUUGUGACACUUUUCUUGGAUUUGUAAAACUUCAAUAUAGCCAAUUCACAACACGUCAUGUCAAGGCACUCUAUGAAUAAUGGUAAUUCAAAUCCAAUCAGACAUACAUUCCAAUUAAUCUUUUACUUUUCCAUCAUCAUGGAGCCACAGGGGACAACCCUCUGCAUUUUACCAAGCAUGUGUGUAGCAACAAUGGAGAGGAAAAGCGCCCUUUACAUUGGAAGCAACCUGCACCGUGAUCAGCUGGGGAGCAGAUACACAACACUGAAGCAGAAGCAUUGAAGUAGGAGUUGUUAAAGAAAAGCAAAAUCAACAUCAGGAAAAGGGAGAACGUUAAAUUGUUGAUAGCAUUUUCUCAGCUGAUGCCCCCCUACAUGAAGGUAUCAUAGCUAAACAUAAUUCAAGACCACAUCCAGCUAUAAUGAAGAAAAAAAGUUAAAAGUUGAAAUAACAACAAAUGGUGCAAAUUGGAGAUAGGAUAGGGAGGGGUUGAGUUCUAGUGUUGUACAGAUGCAUAACAAAGCACCUUUUAUUGAAGUUUAACAAAUUCCAAAAUUGGUUUUAAAUAUUCUGCUUUAAGUCCAGGUUUGAAGAGUCUAGAUGUAGGUUUGCAUCUGUGCCAGGUCUAGUGUGAUCCAGAUACAAAGUGCUGAAGAGCUUUUAUUGAAGUUUAACAAAUCCAAUAAAGGUUUCACAAAUCUCAAACUUGGUUUUGAAUAUUUUACUAUAAGUGUAGAAUAAUCUAAUCUAGGUUUGACGUGUCUUACAUUUUAAUUUUUAAUCUAAAGCAAGAUUAAAGAUGCUCAAGGUAGUGGAAAAUGUCGGUGGAAAUGCCCAUGCCCUUUGGCCAUUUUCCAUAUUGUGAGCUAUGAUCUGAAACUAACUUCAGCGUUGUGUAUUUGCUGCACUGUUGUAAUCAGGCAAACAACGAGGUAUAUCAGUGGUAUAUACCUCAUUGUAGACAAACCUGACGAGGGAAGUGUGAGAAAGCAGACUGACACAUCAAGACCAUCCAAUGUACAUGUGGAAAAAAAGCACAUGGAUCCCUCAAAGUUGAAAAUUAGGGAGCCUCAAGCUGUCAGCAGCUGAACUCAUGAUUUUGUGGCGACCAUAAUAAAAGCCUGUGGAAAACUAAUCGCUUUUCUUUUCUUUUUAAAUAUAUUUAAAUAGUUCUAAUCAGAAUAAUAGUUUUUCAUACAUGUUCAAAUGUGAGGUUGGUUGUCAGUAGUUGCCAUCAGAUCAUUUUAAUUGUAAAUGCUGGUUUUGGAGAACAAUAUACGUAUAACUAACAAACCCCUGGAGUUUGUAGUUUUUGAUGCUGUAUUUGCACUGUUUUAAUUUGAAAUAAAACCAUUUUAUAUA